AUGUAUUCAUUAAUUCGAAAUAAUGUUGCUCUAGUACUUCAACGAGAUUUAACAUCAAUCCUUGGUUCUUUAUCUCGUUCAACAACCACUAAUACAUCCCCAUCGACUCAAAAACAAAAAGAUAAUGAUAAUUCAAUAAAAUCUGAUUCACAGUCGUCAGAUAUAACUAAAACAACUGAUAUAAAAGUUCCAUGGAAAGCAAAUGUAAUAGAAAUGCCAGUUGCUAUGGGUCCACAAUAUAUAAUUGAUAAUUGUCGUGAACAUCGUGAAGGUGGUUUUUAUUAUGAUCAUAGAAUUAUAAUACCUAAAAUGCCAGAAAAAUAUACAGUAAAACCAUUUGAAACACGAAAAACUGGUGGAAAUCAUCCUGAUACUGGUCGAAAAGAAUAUCGUCGAGUAGGUGGUGGUUUAAAAAAGACUUGGUUAUGGAUUGACACCAUGAGACAAGGACCGAAAAGUGGUCCACCAUUAAUUGAACGUGUUAUUCGUAUUAUGAAUAGUGAUUGUCAUACAGCUAAAGUUGCUUUAAUUGGACAUGGAAAUACUCUUCGAUAUAUAUUAGCUACUGAAAAUCUUAAAGUCGGUGAUUUAGUUAAAACAUCUGGUGAAAUACCAAAAAAUCCCGUAAAAGCAAGUGAAGGUGAUGCAUAUCCAGUUGGUGCAUUACCAAUUGGUACGAUAGUUAAUUGUGUUGAAGGUUAUCCAGGACAAGGUGCAAAAUAUGCAGUAAAUGCUGGUACAUUUGCAACAAUAAUGAAACGUGUUGAUGAUCGAUGUAUUUUACAAUUACCAACAAAACAUGAAAUCUCAAUACUUGAACAAUGUAUGGUUACUGUGGGUCGUUUAUCUAAUGUUGAACAUAAUGAGUUUGUUUAUGGUAAAGCUGGUGCAACUCGUUUAAUGGGUAUAAGACCAAAACUUGGUUUAUUUCAUCCGAAAACAUCUCGCUUUGGACGAAGACCAUUUCGACCGAAACCUAUACUUGUUAUUACAGGUGAAAAACCUGAAUAUCCGAAUGUGAUUAAAUUACAACAUCCUUCAGUUGAUCCUUAUAGAUAA